AUGGCAGAAAAUAGUGACCUAGACAGUAAUUAUGGCGAUGAUGAACUUGAUAAUCUACCACCAGAUACCUUGAUUGAACUUGAGAAGAAUGCCAUAACUCAAUUUACGCAAGCCCAGGCUCAAAUCCCAUCAAGAGCUGCUCUUCGUAGCGGCAGCUUUGCAAAGGACACUGAUUUUGAAGAUGAGAUUGUGAUUGAUGAGACUAGCAAUACCCUCGGUGGACUUCCUUUCCUCAAGAAAAAAGUAGCGAAUACCAGAGUUUCGCCCAAACAAAUCAUAUCUCGACAAGGUUUACCUGGACUUAUCAACCCACAAGAUGAGCUCGAGAAAAGAUCAGAAUUGGAAAAUAAAUCAGUGAACAGGCAAGAUGCCUAUUUAUCAGACAGCGUUGACGCCAAAAUUCUUGCACUAAUGAAACAGGUUGAAAAGUUAACAAAUGAACGAAAUGAACUUCGAAAAGAUAUUGAUAUUAAGUCUGGAGAGAUAGCAAUUGUAAGGAGCAAAUAUGAAAAGACCGCAUUAGAAUUUGAGCGAGAGUUGCUUGCAGCCCGAAAACUCAACGAUGAAAAAUUAGAGCAACAACAGAGAAUAUUAGAGGCAGCACGAAUUUCAGAACAAAAUGCCAUCACAGAAAGGGAUUUUAUAAAAAGAGAUUUAGUUGAGGAAUCGAAUCGAGUUCGCCAACUGAGUCGUAUAAAAGAGACUGAAAAUAAACAAGUGAUAUCUAUCACAGCAUCUAAUGAGAAAUUUCGGACCCAUGGGGAUGGGUUCGAUGGUGAUCAACCUCAAUCUACAUCCCAAUCUAAACUUUCACCAUUUGAACUAGCGUCGCGAAUUACAAAUUCUCCAAAUAGAUCGAUUAAACGAAAAAGAAAAACAGUUCAAAUUCAAACAGAAAAUUUAAGUAUUAUGGGCCAUUGCGAACCUAUCAACACUUCUUUUUCAGAAAAUAGGCAUAUCGCACAUGAAACUGAUGAGCGCCAACUGAGAUCUUUAAAAGGAGAUGAAUGGUUCGACUUUAUGGGUAGUAUGCUUGACCAUCGCGUUGAUGAAAAACAUCUUAGGACUAUACAAGAACUUGGAAAGUAUUCCCUUCCUUCAACUCCAAAACAAACAUUCCAGACUUCACUCCUUGCCAAGAUACCCGAAUUAAGAGUUACAGAAUGCAUGAAAGAUUUCCCAACUUAUUUUUGCGAAACUCUUAUCUCUAUGUGGAUAAAAUGUAUUGACGAAGAAUACCUCAAGCCGAUUUAUUUAUUUGUUGACAUGUUGACUGUGGCCUUAGAGAUGAAGACGUCAUCACUAGCUCCUCACAUCAUAAACUCACUUGUCCCAAUUGCUCAACGCACAUCUGAUUUUAUAGCUAUCCCACGAUUCCAAAGUCAACCAACCGAUAAAUACGAUCAGUAUAUUGAUCUAUCCGCAUGCAUGUCACUACUUUAUAUUGCGUCUCUUGGGUGCAUAUCGAAAUUAGAAGACAUAACUCGAUUUUGGAAGCUAAUGCGUUGGGAUUUUGUCCUCUUGAUGCUAAGCACUAACCAAUCCCUGACAGAUUACGAUUUAAUUUUGCGCUUAAUAUCCACCAGCAUUAUGACCGAUAGCUUAGGUGCGAUUCCAGGAGGUGAAAAGCAACAAUUACAGGCGGGCUGGAUAAUUGAUAGACUUACAUAUCCCCUGAGCGAACAUCCAUGCAUGCCAAUGAGUACUAAGAGGUUUGACACAGCAAAAAUUAAUCAAGUUCGUAUCAAAAUUCUUCGAAUUAUGAUAAGCAUGGUGUCACGGUCACUGUACGCCAGUAAAACGCUGGCUACUCACCCUCAUGCAAUUGGAAGAGUGAUUUGUUUAAUUAGUGAUGAAAUAGAUGAAUUGUAUGACUAUCAAUCGAGGAGCCGAGAAAGUACGCAAAUCAUUAACAUGGCAACAAGGCUGCUAUAUUACCUUGUUACAAGACACCAAAGUUUAAUUGAUAUGCAACAGAUAUUAGCAAAUAUACAUGGUGGAUAUCAUAAAUACCUUCUUUCUUUAUCAAGGUUGAACUUUUCUGAGGAGGAUUUAGUUUUAGAGUCUGGUAUUGAUACUGACAUAGCUAGCUAUGCUUUGGAGUUGUUAGAGCUAGUUGUCACGCCAGCGGAAGGUGAUGCCAUUCAAUCCGCUUUUACAAGCUGA